GACUCAUAGUUGGGGUGAUCCUGAGAUAUGGGACUCCCUCUACCAGUGGCCAUGACAAGCCGUUCAGCUGCUCGCAAGAGGACAGACCCUUUACAACCCUGCUGGUCAACGUCAGUGGGAAGUUCUUUGAGUAUACGCUGAAAGGGGAAAUAAGCCCUGGGAAGAUCCACAACGUGGAGCAAAAUGACAUGUUGCGAAAGGUAACAUUUGACCCAGAAGUUUUUUUCAACAUUCUGUUGCCUCCUAUUAUUUUUCAUGCUGGUUAUAGCCUAAAGAAAAGACACUUUUUCAGGAAUUUGGGGUCCAUUUUGGCUUAUGCCUUUUUAGGAACAGCAGUCUCUUGUUUUAUUAUUGGGAAUCUCAUGUAUGGGGUUGUGAAAUUAAUGAAGUUGGUGGGUCAGCUCUCUGAUAAAUUCUAUUAUACAGACUGCCUUCUCUUUGGAGCAAUAAUAUCUGCCACUGAUCCAGUUACCGUGCUAGCAAUAUUUAAUGAGCUGCAUGCUGAUGUCGAUCUCUAUGCCCUUCUGUUUGGAGAGAGCGUGUUGAAUGAUGCUGUUGCCAUUGUACUAUCCUCAUCUAUAGUUGCCUACCAGCCAACAGGUGAAAAUACCCAUGCUUUUGAUGCAGCAGCAUUUUUCAAGUCUGUUGGUGUUUUCCUGGGAAUAUUCAGUGGUUCUUUCAUGAUGGGAGCAGUGACGGGUGUUGGACUUAACGUGACGAAGUUUACCAAGUUGCACUGCUUCCCCCUGCUGGAAACGGCUCUCUUCUUCUUGAUGUCCUGGAGCACUUUCUUGCUUGCAGAAGCUUGUGGAUUUACUGGUGUGGUGGCUGUCCUCUUCUGUGGAAUUACCCAGGCGCAUUAUACAUACAAUAACUUGUCAGUUGAAUCAAGAAGUCGCACUAAGCAGCUCUUUGAGGUAUUGCACUUCCUGGCUGAGAACUUCAUAUUUUCUUAUAUGGGUUUGGCACUGUUUACUUUCCAGAAACACAUAUUCAGCCCAGUUUUCAUCAUUGGAGCUUUUAUUGCAAUCUUUUUGGGCAGAGCUGCACACAUCUACCCUCUCUCCUUCUUGUUGAAUCUGGGCAGAAGACAUAAGAUCAGCUGGAACUUUCAGCACAUGAUGAUGUUUUCAGGUCUCAGGGGAGCCAUGGCAUUUGCUCUGGCUAUACGAGAUACCGCUACCUACUCACAUCAAAUGAUGUUCUCAACAACUCUCCUCAUCGUCUUUUUCACUGUGUGGAUUGUUGGUGGAGGUACAACUCCCAUGCUGUCAUGGCUGAACAUCAGAGUUGGUGACCAUGUUCCAUCGGCGGAAGAGAUGAGUGAAAGCCGCUGGCUGUAUUUCAGGGUUGGGGUUGACCCAGAUCAGGAUCCUCCACCUACUAAUGACAGCUUUCAAGUCUUACAAGGAGAUGGUCCAGAUUCUGAAAGAAGGAACAGGACAGAGCAGGAAAGUGCUUGGCUCUUCAGGCUAUGGUAUAGCUUUGACCAUAAUUAUUUAAAGCCAAUUCUCACUCACAGUGGCCCUCCGUUAACCACAACUCUGCCCAGCUGGUGUGGCCUGGUAGCUCGCUGUCUGACAAGUCCCCAGGUUUAUGAAAAUCAAGAACAGCUUAGAGAAGAGGAUUCUGAUUUUAUUCUGAAUGAUGGUGACCUUACUGUGACAUACGGUGAUACAACAAUAACUGCAAAUGGUUCUUCUGGCCCUCAUACAGCUACCACUAGCCUUGAUGGCAGGAGAACAAAAAGCAGUUCAGAGGAAGCACUGGAACGUGAUUUGGGAGCAGCAGAUCAUGAAGUUACAAGCCGGGGUACCCGGCUAGUAUUUCCUCUGGAAGACAAUGCAUGA